CUUGGGAGUUCUACAUUGGUUCAAGAGAUCUGUUUUCAAAGAUUCUGUGAUGAAUAAAACUGAAAAUUUAACUGAAGCCAAGUAGAAGUAAAAAAACAGGAACUGAAACUAUUAUUACCUAAAACUAGUUGGCACUUUCUUGGAUCUAAGUCGUGUCUUGUAAAGGAAACAGAAUGUAAGGGCUCAAACAGACAAGAGGUCAAAGGAAACUGGAUUAUCUUUGACACCACUCUUUAGCUGUUCAUGCUCUAACAACAACAGGUCAAUAUCAGAGCUUCCAAAGCGAGCUUCUCUACCAAUCAAUUCCCAUGUUUCAUAAAAAUUGCUUAUAUUUUUUUUCUCUAUCUCAUGUUUCAAGCAAAGACCUAACCCAACCUCCUUCCUAUAUAUUCACUUUGGUUCAAACCCAUGAACCCAUACACAAGAAAAAAGAAAGGAAAAAACAGGGAAAAGGUUUCAGUAACCACCUGCUUAGAACCGGAAACAUCGUUAAUUUCUUCCAAAGUUACAGAGCAAUGGCGGAUUUCACAGUGUAUCAGCUUCUUUUCUAUGUCUUGGUUUGCAUUCUCAUAGUUCUUCCUCGGCCUGCAUUUGGAAUUACAAGACAUUAUAAGCUCGAAAUCAAAAUGCAAAACGUGACACGUCUCUGCCACACGAGGAGCAUUGUUUCGGUUAACGGGCAGUUCCCAGGGCCUCGGCUUGUGGCAAGAGAAGGCGACCGCCUUCUGAUAAAAGUCGUCAACCAUGUUUCAAACAAUAUCUCCAUUCACUGGCAUGGGAUCCGGCAGUUGCGGUCUGGUUGGGCUGACGGACCAGCAUACAUAACACAGUGUCCUAUUCAAACAGGACAGAGUUAUGUCUAUAACUACACCAUUAUCGGACAGAGAGGCACACUCUGGUACCAUGCUCACGUUUCAUGGUUAAGAUCAACGAUCUACGGUCCGCUCAUCAUUCUUCCCAAACGAGGUGUUCCUUACCCGUUUGCCAAACCUUACAAAGAAAUUCCCAUGAUCUUUGGGGAGUGGUUCAAUGCAGACCCCGAGGCAAUCAUUAACCAAGCACUUAAAACAGGAGGUGGUCCUAAUGUUUCAGAUGCCUACACAAUCAAUGGCCUUCCCGGUCCAUUAUAUAACUGCUCAGCUAAAGACACAUUCAGACUCAGAGUGAGACCUGGGAAAACAUACCUUUUACGGCUAAUGAAUGCUGCACUCAAUGACGAACUCUUCUUCAGCAUUGCAAACCAUACAGUAACAGUUGUUGAAGCUGAUGCCAUCUAUGUUAAGCCAUUUGAGACGGACACCAUCUUAAUUGCUCCAGGCCAGACCACGAACGUUCUCCUGAAGACGAAAUCUCAAUACCCGAAAGCCUCAUUCUUCAUGACUGCUAGGCCAUAUGUCACAGGUCAAGGCACUUUCGAUAACUCUACGGUUGCAGGCAUAUUAGAAUAUGAACCACCGAAAAGCACCAAAGCCAUUCACUCAAAGACCUCUAUCAAGAACCUUCAACUCCUUAAACCAGUGCUUCCUGCCCUUAAUGACACAAAUUUCGCUACCGCCUUCAUCAAUAAACUGCGCAGCCUGAACAGCAAGAGAUUCCCAGCAACCGUGCCUAAAGAGGUCGAUCAGAAAUUCUUCUUCACGGUAGGAUUGGGAACUAACCCUUGCAGCCAAAAGAACCAGUCGUGCCAGGGACCUAAUGGCACGAUGUUUGCAGCCUCGGUCAACAAUAUCUCCUUCAUAAUGCCCACAACAGCUCUCCUCCAAUCUCACUAUUCCGGCCAGUCUCAUGGAGUAUACAGCCCAUAUUUUCCACAUGAUCCCCUCAUCCCAUUUAACUACACUGGGAAUCCACCAAAUAACACCAUGGUUAGUAAUGGGACAAAGCUGCUGGUUCUACCCUUUAAUACCAGCGUCGAGCUGGUGAUGCAAGACACCAGUAUUCUAGGUGCUGAAAGCCAUCCUCUUCACCUUCAUGGAUUUAACUUCUUUGUUGUCGGCCAAGGGUUUGGGAAUUUCGACCCUAAAAAGGAUCCCAAGAACUUCAAUCUUGUCGACCCGAUAGAGAGAAACACAGUCGGUGUCCCAUCUGGUGGUUGGGUAGCCAUUCGGUUCCUUGCAGAUAACCCAGGAGUGUGGUUCAUGCACUGUCACCUGGAAGUACACACCAGCUGGGGUUUGAAGAUGGCUUGGCUCGUUUUAGAUGGAGAUACACCUGACCAGAAGCUUCUUCCUCCUCCGGCAGAUUUGCCAAGAUGCUGAAACCCACCUUCCUGCUCUGCCAUUCGAGUCCUUUUUUGUGUCUCAUCUGUUUUAUUUUUCUGAUUUCAAGCUCUUUGCAUUUCUCCGGCCAUUUAACAAUUUGAGAUGAGGUCGUUUUGUGUUAAAUAAAUUGUUUUUGUCGGUUUGUAUACAUGAGAUCAAUUUCUGUUAAACUUGAGUUCUCCUUUUGCUCA